CAGCCUGACUGCCCAGCCAUGAUGCUGCUCCCACUGCUCCUGGAGGUCACCCUGCUGCAGCUGGCCAGCGGCUCCCACCACCACUACAAUGGUUUCUACUACAACCACAUCAUGAACGACAAGGGCAAUGGGCAGGAGAAAGUGGUUUAUUUCAACGAGGUCAAACUGGUGGUGGAGACCCCCAAAGACCCUGUCUACAGCUCCAAUGGUGCCAAUGUCACCCUGCCCUGCCACUACCGCUACGAGCCUGACCUGGAAGCCAAGCACAAGAUCCGCAUCAAGUGGUCCAAGCUGCGGGACGACUACACCAAGGAGCAGGAUGUGCUGGUGGCCAUUGGCAAGACCAUUGUGGCCUUUGGGGACUUCCGGGGCCGCGCUCACCUUCGCCACCCUGGCCGGCACGAGGCCUCGCUGGUCAUCAGUGAUGUGCGCUUGCAGGAUGAUGGCAAAUACCGCUGUGAGGUCAUCGAUGGGCUGGAGGAUGAGAGCAAUGUGGUGGACCUCCGGCUACAAGGCAUCGUGUUCCCCUACCAGCCUCCCCGCGGGCAGUACAGACUCAACUUCCACGAAGCCAAGCGAGCGUGCCAGGACCAAGGCGCCAUCCUCGCCACCUUCAACCAGCUCUUCCAGGCCUGGAGCGAGGGGCUGGACUGGUGCAAUGCGGGCUGGCUGGCUGACGGCACCGUUCAGUACCCCAUCCGCCUGCCCCGCAAGCCCUGUGGUGGGCUGCACCUCGCCCCGGGCAUCCGCAGCUACGGCCCACGCCACCAGCACCUGCACCGCUUUGAUGCCUUCUGCUUCUCCUCUGGGCUCAGAGGAGAGGUUUUCUACCUGGACCACCCAGCCAGGAUGACGCUGGAGGAGGCCAAGCAGAGCUGCCAGGACGUGGGGGCUGAGAUUGCCCGGGUGGGGCAGCUCUACUCUGCCUGGAAGUUCCUGGGGCUGGACCGCUGCGAUGCCGGCUGGCUGGCGGAUGGCAGUGUCCGCUACCCCAUUGUGAAGCCCCGGGCCAACUGCGGCCCUGAGGAGCCUGGUGUCCGCAGCUUCGGCUUUCCCAGCAAGGGCCGGUUUGGGGUCUUCUGCUACAAGGAGAGAUAA